AUUUCCUUAAACCUUUUCCUCCUUUUUCCUCCCUCCUCUUCUCGCAGACAGACAUAUACACACACUCUCUCUCCUUCUCCUUCUUUCUCAUUGUUUAAAAAACCUAAAAUAAGCUACUUGCUACAAAAAAAAGAUAAUGACUUCUCCUCAGCCAACCGAAAACUUACCCCGAUCCCGACCUUCUUCUAUUCGAAGAGUACGUAGAAACAAGGACUCAGCUACUGCUGGCAGCUUGCCUAACUCUCGUCCUUCAUCCCGUCCUUCAUCUCGUCCUUCUUCACGUCCUGCUUCUCGUCCUGUAUCUCCUACAGGCAUUAACUAUAUUGAGGACACAGAUCAAAUUAUUCCUACAGCUAUUGUGAUUAAAAACAUUCCGUUUUCUGUAAAAAAGGAUGCUCUUUUGGCUAAAUUGGCCGCUAUGGAUGUACCCACUGCUUAUGCUUUCAACUACCAUUUUGACAAUGGUGUUUUUCGUGGUCUUGCAUUUGCCAAUUAUCGUACACCAGAAGAAGCAGAAAUUGUGGUCGAUACUGUAAAUGGUCUUGAAAUAGGGGGCAGAAAAUUACGUGUCGAAUACAAAAAGAUGUUGCCUAAUAUGAACGAUAACGAUAAUACGAAAAAGAAGGAGAGAGAACCCCUAUCAUCACAACCUGCUUCUCCAAUGCUAACGGAGCGCAAGUUGCCUAGCAACCCAGAUGAAGAUACCCUGGAUUUGAAUGAUCCCAAUGUAUUGGAAUUAUACAGCUAUCUUUUACUUUUCCGUGGUGAUCCAAACAAUACGGAAACAGCUCUACCAAAGACACUUUCUGCUAAAGAACGUAGGGAUGCUCAUUUGAUUGCAGAUCGUCUUGGUCUUGCUCAUUAUUCUGAAGGUUUUGGUGCAGAUAGACAAGUGAUUAUUCAAAAAAGAGGAUCUACACCUGCACCCAUCGUGAGACUUCAAAACAAGGGUUCUCGAGCCAGUUUAAGAUCAAGUUCAAGCCGUGAACGUCUAAAUAUGAUGUCUAGUAGCAACAGUAAUGAAACGAAGCGGGACACGUAUCGCAAAUCCAUGAUGAGCACAAGUACAACUGCUGAAUUCCUUGCCACAGGCAAUAUUUAUCCUAUUCGUCAACCUAAAGGACCUGAACCUGGCAAGAACUUUGCUUCCCGCAAUAAGACAAUUGACGAGCAAUUGGCUGAUAGUUUAGCUCGUCAGCAAUUAACACAUGUUGGCGCUUAAUAAAGAAAUUAAUUUUAGCCAAUAAUUUCAUUAUCACUGUUUCU